GCUUUCCCUUCGGCGCUUCGAGAAAGAGAAGGAAGAAGGAAGAUGGCGGACGAGGGGACGGCCAACUGCAUCGACAUCAUCCUCGCCGUCAUCCUGCCGCCGCUCGGCGUCUUCUUCAAGUUCGCCUGCGGGAUCGAGUUCUGGAUCUGCUUGCUGCUCACCUUCUUCGGCUACCUCCCCGACAUCAUCUACGCCGUCUGGGUCAUCACCGGAGGGGCUCCUCACCUCUGCCUGCCUCUAGCCUCCUCUCCUGUCACCUUCCCUUCUCCAGUGUAG